GGCUUCCGUGGGCCAUCAGUUUGUUGGCAAUACUCGAGCCCGUCGGAACUGAAAAGAAAAUAUAAAAGAUUUUCUAAAAUAUAUUCCAAAAUUAGAAUACAAUUCGACAGCACAAAUCUCAAAUCUCAACAAUAAUCUCCGACUCACAAGAAUAAAAAACAAGAGACACACAACAAAUGUUUAUCAAUACAAAAGCCAAAGAAAUUGUGAUGUGAUACGAGGCGGAUAAUUAACGCGUCUUUUGAGUUUUUCCCUAAUUUCCUUGAUACCUUUCUGUUGUUAUUUGGGUAAUUUUUAUGUUCAGCUAUUUUCCCAUUUUUUUUAUGAGCUGCUAAGCGUAUUUAUUGCCGAGUGUUUUGGUGUGUUUGCGCGCAAAGUUAAUUUAAAAUUUUUAUGCUUUCGCCAUUUAUGCGCGCCGUUUUUAUGUGCCAAGAGAAUUCAACAACAAAAUCAUAAAUAAAUAUUUUUGGCCGCGAAUGAAAUUGAAAAUCGUGAGCAUACGGACAGUCGCAAAAAUACAUAUUCAUAUCUGGCAACUAAGUGGAUCCAUUCAUUUUUGAAAUUAAACAAAAAGUGCAUUGACAUUGCCGCGCUGUCCCACAAAAUACAAAGUCAAGGUGUUUUCUUGUUAACUCUUGUUAUUGUUGACACUAAAUGUUUAUGUGCAUUUAAAUGCGCGUGUGUGAAAUGCAUUUUAUUUAACGAAUUUAAACGGAAAUAUUGCUAUUUUUGUGUGUGCUUGCGAAAAACGUAAUUUAAGGGCAGAAAUUGAAACUGAAACGGCAGUUACUAAAGCCAAAAACAGAUUGUGUUUCCUGAAUCAAACUAGAACUACAAAACUAACUUAACUACUAACUACGAUUUUAAAAAUCUCUAUAAUUAAACGGUUAACAAAAGCAUCAAAUUAAAGUCAACUACGCGGGUCGGUUGUUGUUUACAAAUACAAAUGAAACCAUAAGCUAUAAACUAUAUACGUGACAAAUAUAUAUUAGUAUCUAUAUACAGACACCCAAAAGACAAGCGUUAAAGAGGCUUUCAAAACUACAUUUAAUGUGAACUUAUUUUAGAACCAUAAACCAAUAAGCAUCGUAAAUAUAUAUAUACAAAGGCUUCAAGAUUGAAUUAAAUGUGACAAAAGCGAAUUAACAAUUAGCCAACUGCUCAACCAAGUCAACUAAAUAAAUAUUUGUUAAUUACAAAGGCCAAAACCAACAAAAAACAGCAACACUAUACAAAUAAAAGCAAACAAAGUUACAAAACGCCGCAAUUGAAAGCUUCCAUUUUAAACAGAAAAUAAAUAUAUAUAACACACAUAUAGCUAAUAUUUUUGCAGUAUAUAUGAACCUAUAAAAAGUAUAUAUAAAAAGUUACUAUUUUCUAUAUAUUUAAUAUAAAUAAUAUACAAAGCUUAUUCUGUGUGUACGUGUUGAAGACAGAAAACAAUACCUUAAAUAUUAAAGAAAGCAAAUAAAAAGAACAACAGAGCAAAUUUCAAUAUAACCACCAAACAUUGGACAUUCAAGUACAGUAUUUAUUGGAGACAAAAACAAUAUUUCAAACUCAAUCGAAUUGACAAUUCACAAAUGCUGCAAUAAGAAAUAAAUAAGAAUAAAAUUAAAUAUUAGCAAGUGACUGAGAAAGAAAUUUAGAGAACAUUACUCCACUUUGGUCAGACAAAUGCUGCAGUACCAGCAACAGCAACCGCAACAGCAACAACAGCAGCAGCAACAGCUACUGCAACAGGAGCAACACCAGCAACUGCAACAGCAACAGCAUCAGCAACAGCAUCAGCAGCUACUGCAGCAACAGCUGCCACAGCAGCGACGGCAAACGUACAAGGAGUACUUGCAGCAACAUCAGCAGCAAAAGCAACAGCUGCAGCAACAGCAACAGAACAACCAGCAACUGCGCAUCUUCCGCGUCCACUACAUCCGCCUGAAUUCCAAGGACGGCGUACCGUCCCUCAACCAGCAGGUCAAUGGCUAUCCCAACGGCUCACCGAAUGGCUCCAAAAUGAAGACCAUAGCGCCGAACAUCCGCCGACGGCGGCGGUGCGAUAAACACCACUUGGAGCUCUACUGCAAUGAGACCACCACACCGCCCACAAGUGUGCCCACCAACACCAGUGGCUCCAGCGGCACCACCAGCACCGGCAUCAGCACCAGCAGUAAUCAGUUGAAGCCCGGCGGCCUGAGGAUACGGGAAUGCAUUACAGCGCCCAGUACGGCGGCCAGUUCGCCGGUGGAUGAGCACAUGUGCAUUCCGGCACCGCCCAUCACACCGCCGCCAGCCUUCCUCACCGAGGGCUACAAACGGUCCAGCACAUCGGUGUCCACCUCGGCUUUGCCCAGUGCCACCAGCAGCAGUCGGGAGACCCAAACCCAAACCCAAACCCAGACGCAGAGCCAAAACCCGACACACAACCAGAAUCACAUGCAGUGUCUGAAACCGAACCUGAUACGCCAGCAGAAGCCAUUUCCCGUAGUUGCCAAGCCACUGGGGCCGCAGAAGCCCAGGACGACGGCCACCAUUGCGGUCACGUUGAACAGCGGCUCCAACAAGCCACGUGCCACGGUCAAGAGGAGUUUAGAACCAAGAAAAGACAAGACUGAUGCACAACAACAACACGGAGGCAAUGGCACAAUAUCCACGCCCAACAUCGAGCAGCCCACCUGCCAGGGCUCCAUGCUGCCGCCACCCGGAGGCGGUGGCCAUCACCAGGUGGACGCCAGUGGCAAGAUGGAGCGACCCAACACGCUCGCCGGCGCCAAUAAGCUGACCCGUCGCGGGGUCAACAUCUGCUACCACAACGAGCACAUGUAUGGCGAAGAUGGAAAAAUGGUGGGUGGUCCGCCGGGCAGCACUCCGCCACCUUAUCCGGGUGGCAAACUACCGCCGGGCGUAAUGCUCAGCGAACUGCCGGAGCCGCCGAUACCGCUGUCGGAGAUCGGACCGAUCCCACCGCCACCGAUGUUCUCCACUCCGAGUCCCACGCUCAUCGCCGGACGACCGCACGGGCCAGGCGCCGUUAACGAUCAGGAUUAUCAGCAGGACUACGACUACGAUGAUAACGAUCCCGAUCAGGAUGAGCUUGACUCGGACGAUGAGUACGCACCGUAUGGUGGCAACCAUGUGCGCAUGAUGGACACGCAGCGCGUCGAGGAAAUUCCAGCCAAAGAGCCCAAACCAAAUGCAGUUCCUCUCAAGUCGGCGCUGAAGAAGAAGGGCGGCAUGCAGCCCGCCUCCGCCUCCACGCCGGUCACGCCCACCCAGGAACAUGGAGCGGGCAGCGCGGCAACGGCGGCGGCCAUGGCAAACAGCAAUGGCGGUAUUGGUUCAAUGGCAGCAGCUGCCGCAGCAGCGGCCCAACAAUCCGCCAACCAACGACCGCUGGUCGUUCGCCAGGAUGCAGCGGGCAACAACUAUUCGCUCAAGCCAAUACUACGACCACGGAUUAGACUAUGCAGGCAGCAAAUGUUCAACAUCCAAUUGCCGUGCACCGUGGAGAACAAGGAGAAUGCCCGGCCCUUUGUGAUACGCGAAAGCAGCAGCGAUAGUGACGAGAGCGAUGGCCAUAUCGUCUACAGGGACGAGGACAACGACAACACCCGGCUGGCCAAGCUGGCACGCAAGGAGUCGCUGUCCCUGAAGCUGCAGCUGCGGCCGGACAAGCAGGACCUGAUCAAUCGCAACAUCCUGCACCAGGUCAACGACAACGAGCUCAAGGAGUCCAAGGAGGCGAUCGGGGCACGCCUCAUCCGCCGGCUGUCCAUGCGACCCACGGCCGAGGAGCUGGUCGAGCGCAACAUCUUGAAAACUCAAUCACCCGCCGAGGAGAAGAAGCAGAAGGAGGAGAAGAAGUCGUAUCUGUUGCGCAAACUCAGCUUUCGGCCGACCGUCGAGGAGCUAAAGGAGAAGAAGAUCAUCAGGUUCAACGACUACAUCGAGGUCACGCAGGCCCACGACUACGAUCGGCGGGCGGACAAGCCGUGGACAAGACUGACGCCAAAGGACAAGGCCGCCAUUCGCAAGGAGCUGAACGAGUUCAAGUCCUCCGAAAUGGCCGUCCACGAGGGCAGUCGGCAUUUGACGAGAUUCCAUAGGCCAUGACGAUUGCAAUGGCAGCAACUUUCCAGCAAAUUACAACAGCAACCCAAGCAGCAAUUGUAUUUUAUGCAGCAUAAAAUUGUCAACAAAUGUUUAAAAGCAAAAAAUUAAGCCAGCAAACUAAAAAUGAAGGAAACUUUCAACGCAAAAAAAAAAAAAAACAAAACAAAAAAAAAAACCAAGCAUAGAAAUGCAAAAAAAUAAAAAUGAAAAAAUCACAAAAAAAAAAAGAGGAAGGAAACAUGAGAAAGCGAAAAUGAAGAUGGAAAGGCCACAUUCAAGAACAUAAUUGAUAAUUUAAGAUUUCUGUUGAUCAUAGCGAGAGUGCCGCUCGGUUUUCUAAUUUUAAGUUCUUUGUUUCACCUCCUUUAUUUGUUAAUUGUGUGUAAAUAAAUUUCUUUCGAUAUUCAUGCCAAUUUCACAACGCAAAUCAAAAUAUCAAUUCGUCUUUUGUAGAAAUGUUAAGUCGCUUUUUGAGUCAAGGCAAUUAUGUAUUAUAUUAUAUAAAAUUAAAUGAUUAAAUAACAAGGAGAAACACUAAAUGAUAUUCGAUUAAAUAUUUACAUUAAAGAAAAACUGGCUGAGAAAAAUUAAUUAAAGCUUAGGCAUUAAUUUACAAUUACUGUUGCUUUCCAUAAAUUUUUAAUUUUUGAAUUAAGCCAACUAAACAACACAAAAAAAAAAAACAAAAAUACAACUAAACAAACAAUUCUAAACGAAAAAUUAUGUUUUACAAUUAAAAUACCUAUAUUAUUGUAAAAAGCUUAAACGUAAACAAAAAACAACACAUUAAACUUAGAACUACCACAUAUGCGAUAAUACGGAAAAAUAAAUUCUAAUUUUUCGAAAGACAUGUUUACGAAAGAUAAUUUUGUUUGUUUUCAUUUUUUUCUAGCCUGAGUUUUCCUAAGUUUCAUUCUCGAUUGUCUUCAAACAUGUACAUACAUAUCGCCAAAGAAAAUUUGCAAAUCUAAAACUUAUCGUGGAGAGAUAGGAAGGAAACCCAAAAUGCAGACAAAGGAAUGCUCAAGCUGAAAAAGAAUGGUACGGGUAGUUAAAGAAAUACCCAAACGUAUAUAAAACUCUAAUAAUAAAUGGCAACAAAAUAUCAGGAAAAAUAAACUGAAGCAAGUUGGACCCAGAAUGAAGUAUUUUAGUGAGGAGAACCAGUAGAAGAAAUAAUUUCAACUUAAGACGUAAGUCACGUAACCUACAACUUUUUAGAGACGGAGUACAGAGUUCGGAACCAGAUGGAACAACAUCAUGAAGAAUAUUUAUUUUGUAAAAGCAGGGAAAAGCGAAACUGUAACUUUUACUCAAGCAUUCCACAUAGUAAACUUAAUCACGAAGAAAAUAUGGAAAAUUUCCAAAACAAAACAAAAAAGGAAAACACAAAAACCAAAAACAAAAACAAAAACAAACAAAACAAAAGCAGAAAAUUGUAAAUUUUGAGGCAAAUGCAAAUUGAAAUGCUCGCGCGUGCUCGUGAAUAUCUAAACUUAAAAGACGUAAAGUAAAUGUAAAACUAAACUAAAGUUAAACUAAAACGUAACGUAAUGAACUCCGUUUCAAAGGACAGUUAGUAAGAUACAGAUACAGAUACAGACACAGCAUAUAAAUUAAACAAGCAACUUAUUUCGAAUACACCCGAUAAAGGGUUAAGCCCGUGGACAUUAGUUUAUUGAUAAAGUGGCGCUUCCUUUGCAAGUUUAAUUCUUCUAAACCGAAAAGCAGCAGGAGACUUGUAAUGUUUUCGGUUUUGGAUAAUCCACGGAAUCAAAACUAUAGCAGUCCUUCGUUUCAAUCCGAAUACGAAUACGAAUCCGAAUCUGAAUCUGAAUCUCUCUCUAUGUCUGCCUCUUGCUUCAAAGCGUUGCAUUGUCAAAGUUAAGCAAUAUAAAUUGCAUAUAUACAUAUAAACAAAUAUAUAUAAAACGGAAUAAAUAAAUUAUACAUAUUUAAUGACUAUACAAAGGCCGAAUAUAUAUAUGUAUAUAUUCAUUUAUGUAUACACCUAUUUAUAUGAGAUGAAUCAGCCGAAGCUAUACAACUCUAUCAAUAUGGGAUAGCAUAGUUUACACUUUUUCUAUGGAGCGAUUUAUAGUGUACGAUACACAAGAAUUAGAGCAGAAGAGCCAGAGGCGUCGUCGGUUUCGAACCCCGACCCCCUUCGAACUCCCCGAGUUCAGUGCAAUAGGAGUAUGCAUGCGAUAUACGCGGUAUGCCAUAUUCGAGCUAUCUAGAACCGACUUUCGUAUUACAGCAGGGCCUUUCCUCCUCGAUCCCCACCAGUUUUCGUUCUUCUGCCAUUGGUUCUUCCUACUCCCUAUUUUUCGACACAUCUUUGCCAAGUUCUGCAGUUGCAGAAACAAAAAUACAUUAAAAAUACGAAUAAAACCAAAAGAUCUAUAGCAAUAAUUAAGAACACCAUGAGCGAUUGGAGCGAAAGAGUUUUUGGGCCCAGGCCGAAGUAAGAAAAAAAAAAAACCACAGAAAAGUUGUGAAAAUUUGAAAAUGCGAAAAGUAAAGAAGUUAAGUACAGUAGAGGAAUAAGUGUAGCGAGAGUUUUGGCAAAUAAAAAAAAAACAGAGAACACAAACAACAGAAAAAUAAUGAAUAAUAAUCACCGACAAAUUGAGAUUUAAUAAAGAUUUAAUUACUUACAAAACUA